GAACGGUUCGGGUUUGCAGGUUAUUAACAUUUAUUUACAGUCAUGUCAAGUGAAACUGAAGGAACGAAGACCAUCGGAGAUGCAUCAACCGAGGAGCAGCGGUUGGGCUUUGAAAAUGUCAAUACCUUACACAGUGUGAAGAUACUGUAAUAGCUUCAGCAAGUCACACCCACUGAAACUGAGAAAGGAAGAGUGGAUUUUCUGGAUGGGACAAAGGAAAUGGAGGACAAAGUGGUCAGCCCUGAAAAGGUAGAAGAAGCCAAGCUGAAAGCUCGAUACCCUCAUCUUGGUUCAAAGCCAGGUGGCUCUGAUCUUUUAAGGAAAAGGCUUCAGAAAGGGCAAAAAUAUUUUGACUCUGGUGACUACAACAUGGCUAAAGCCAAGAUGAAGAACAAACAGCUGCCGACAGCUACCACUGAAAAAGCCGAGGUCACUGGAGACCACAUCCCCACUCCACAAGACUUGCCUCAGAGAAAACCUUCCCUGGUUGCCAGCAAGCUGGCUGGUUGAUUUAUAAGAUAUGGCACUGCACCCUUUUCUUCCGAUUCCUGUUUUUCGCCCUUAUUAUUGUCCCUAUUCAUCUCAUAACUUUGUUUUACACUAAUGUCAUUUGGAAAGACUGACGAGUAGGCAGGUUCCAGUUAAUAGUGCUGCUUGUGGAGUAAUUACAAAAGUGUGUAGUACCUGGAAUGACUGCUAAAGAAAAAGUCAGGGAGACCCGCAAACUUGAAGUUUUGAUGGCUUAAGUAUACUGUAGUUUUGGGUGAAGUGUACAUAUUAACUAUUUCCUAGUGUAGGAGUGAUGGCAGGAA